UGGAAAAGAAUUCGUUUUAGUAUUUAGGUUAAUGCAACAAGAAACAUUGUGAAUGUGGUACAUUAAAUAAAUAUAUUUUUUUUUUUAUAAAAUAAAAUGGAUGGAAUGGAUAUCAAUAAAAAAGAACUGGAUGCACAGGAAUAUAAUCCGUUUGAACAUCGGAGAGUUAAGAAACCAAAUUCUGACAUCAGAUCAUUAGCUAACUUGCUUAAAGGUUCACUAGGUUCUGGCAUUUUGGCAAUACCAUUGGCAUUUGCCAAUGCAGGAUGGGGAGUCGGCAUCGUCGGGACUGUCAUAAUUGCCUUCAUUUGCGGACACUGCGUUCAUAUAUUUGUCAAUGUAUCCAGGAUGUGCUGUAAGGCAGUUCGAAAGCCUUUGCUAACUUAUGCGGAAACGUGUGAAGUAGCAUUUGCUAUUGGACCAAAAAGGCUCAGGCCCUUAUCAAAAGCUGCAGGUAUAUUUGCCGAAUUUUCCCUGAUCCUUACUUACGUAGGAGUAUGCUGCAUUUCCACUGUACUAAUUGCUGGAUCUGUUAAACAGUUGCUGGAUCGCUAUGUACCUGGAUACAUUUUGCCCGUGGAAUACUACUGCCUCAUUCUAGUUGUACCGCUUUGUCUUAUGGUACAGAUUAGAUAUUUAAAAUGGCUGGCGCCCAUAUCUCUGACAGCCAACAUUUUGCUGGUUGCAACAUUCGCAAUUUGCGUUUACUACAUAUUCAAAGAUGAGAUCACUAUAUCUGAUAAGUUAAUCGUGGGGUAUCCAGCUAGAUUUCCCGCAUUUCUUUCCACAGUAAUAUUCGCAAUGGAAGGAAUCGGUAUAGUAAUGCCCGUAGAGAACGACAUGAAGAGACCGGAGCACUUCCUGGGCUGUCCCGGCGUGAUGGUGGUGGCUAUGACCCUUAUCAUGCUGCUGUACUGCAUCCUGGGACUGUUCGGGUACUUCCGAUAUGGCGACGCUUUGAGGGGAACUAUAACUUUGAAUCUCCCUUUGGAUGAUUGGCCAGCAAUAUGUGCAAAAGCUUUUAUAGCUGUAUCAGUAUUUUGCACGUACCCUCUGCAUUUUUACGUGGUGGUCGACGUUUUAUCCAAGUAUUUAAGAUCGUAUAUAAAUAAGCAACACAUGAAUAUGGCGCAAAUAAUUAUGAGAAUAGCCAUUGUCUGGCUUUGUGGUGGGAUAGGCAUAGCACUCCCGAUACUAGAGCAAAUCAUAAACAUUGUUGGAGCUCUCUUCUACUCCAUCCUCGGCCUCAUCAUCCCAGGCGUCGUGGAAACUGUCUGCAGAUGGGAAAACCUCGGCAAAUUCAACUGGAUCUUAUGGAAGAAUAUCCUGCUUGUCCUCUUUGGCUUUUGUUGUUUAAUAUCCGGGCUGACUGUCACAAUAUCUGAUAUCAUUACUAACCUUGAUCAAGAAACUGAAUAAAAAUAUAAU